GUACAAACAAACAAACAAGAAGGAGAUCAUCAUCAUCAUCAUCAUCAUGAGAAUGAGGCAAACCACAACAACCCGCAGCUUCCUCCAGGACGGCCAUCCGCAAAGCUACAAUAACCAGGAAGCCACCACAUUGAAAGUCAACAAGGACUCCCACGCCAUCGUCAAGAACAAAUCCUCCACACACCCACCGCCACCGCCCUACAACAACAAUUCAUCAUCCUCCCCGCCCUACUCCUCUUCAUCCUCCUCCGCCUCCUCCCUCGCCGUCGCCGGCUCCGCCAAGCCGCCGCCGCAGCGCCACCCGGUCAUCAUCUACACCCACUCCCCCAAAGUCAUCCACACCCACCCCAAGGAUUUCAUGGCGCUGGUCCAGAAGCUCACCGGCCUCUCCCGCUCCGACCACGACCCGGACCGCCGCCAUCACCGCCGGCGGGACAACGCGGAGGAGGACACUCGCAAGACCUCCAAUAGUAAUAAUAACAAUAACAACAACGACGACAACGACUCUUCCUCGGUCAUUACGGAGGAGAACGGCCACCACCAGCUCAAUUCUUCUUCCUCCAAUUGCUUUGUCAAUCCUUCUUCGGUUUUCGAGUCUCCGUCGCCGCCGCCGAACCCCUACCACCGCCAGCUGCCGGUGUUUCCCCCCGCCGCCGGCGAUCGGUUGAAUUUAUACCCGCCCUUCUUUGGCUACGCGGAUCCGUUGUUGUUUGGGACGUCGCCCGCUUUCAGGAGCUUGGAUGCCAUUAAUGAUCACUUUCCCGAGUUCUCAUAAUUUUGUUUCCCUUCCUAAUUAAUUAGGGUUUCAUUGCUUACAUUUUUGCCAGAUUUACAGAGGACUUUUUUUUUCCUUCUUUUUUUCAAAAAAAAAAUUCAUCGAUUCUUUAUUAUUUUAUUUUUUGCUUGCCUAUGGUGCUAAUAACACUCAGUCCGAUACAAUUUUCCUACUGUUUCUUUGUGUAUUUUUUUUUCAUCCAUCUUUUCUCAACAAUAAAUAAAAGUUUCAAAG